CUUGCUCAAUCCGCCUUGUCCUUCAGAGAAGUCGGUCUGGUAUGGGGGACAACACUAGCAGCUCACAUUCAGGUGAAAGAGGACAAUGAUUUUCAACCACGACUUCUGGCCAAUACACAGAACAAACCAACUUGUGAAGUCAGUGUGUGGAAUGAGCUCUUGGUGCUGGCCCGGCUCCGCCACAGAGGUUGUGCUGUCGGCCUCCCGAGGAUGGCUGCGGCGGUUCUUGUUCCUGAAGCUGGUGAUGGUGCUGUUGUUCCCCCAUGCAGGCAGCCUCCCCCUGCUGGCUGGCAGCGUGUUCAGCCUGCGGGCCCUGUUGCUGCUGCGCUCCCCUCACAUCUCCAUCAAGCCCUGCACCGUGCUGCUGGGCCGGCUGGCUCUCGCGGACAGUCUCGUGCUGCUGCACUGGAUGCUGCAGCUGGGAGCAACGCUAGAGACCUGCUGGACAGAGGAGAUUAAAAUGAGGGAUGAGGGAUCAGUUUGGUGGAGGGAGGCUGUGAGCGUGCUCUGUCAGCAGCUGCUUGAUGCUCACCACCUGGCCUCUCUGCUCCUACUGGGGCUGCUUGGAUUGGAGGCCACGCUGGUGUCUCGCUGGCCCGAGCAGACUCGUAGGUUCAGGACGUCUCACUGGGCUCAGCUCAGCUGCAGCCUGGUCUGGACACUGGUGCUGCUGGAAAUGUUGUUCUCGCUACACUCAAAACUUUUGCAGGACUCUGGACCACAAACGUAUUCCUCAACAGAACAAAACUCCCAAAGUCAUCCUUUGGGCCUGGUACCUCUUCCCAGCCUUCCCGGUUUCUCCUCCUGCCUGAGGAGGACAUUAUGGCUGGGGAAUCUAUGGCUACAUUAUGUUGUCUUUAAUGUCAGACCACAGAAGAGAAAGAGCUCCUUCCAUUGAAAGCUUUAAUAAUCAUUGUAUUAUAUUUAAUUUAUGUUAUAAAAGUGCUUUUAUUAUGUGCAGUACAUGAACUGGAUAAGAUGUCUUAAUUUGGGCCUUGAAUAAAGUAAUAUGCAAAUAACCGGAGACACUACAGAUGAAUUGUAAAAGUAAGACUUUAAAUUAAAAGGUAUCACUAGGAAACUUCCCCCAACAGAUUACUCAUCAACACAUUUGUCACGAUUUCUCAAAAAUACACAUUUAAAUAAUCAAUUGAGGCAUUCUCUAUUUUUAAAUCUAUAGACACAAGUAGACUAAGUUAGUAAAAUAAACAACUAUUUUGGAUGUCCUCUUUACAUUAGUCUGUAUUUUAAAUAACCCAAUCACUCAAAAUGGA